CUAUCUUAAAAUAAAUCUUUACUCUUAUAAAAUCCCCCUCUCCAAAGCCUCCCCUCUUUAUCCAUCCGAUAUUUACAGAGAAUGGAAGCGUCUCAAAAAGAAAGACUUGUGGGGGCGAAGAAUAAAUUACAUCAAAUUCACCUAGAGGCAGAAGAGAAGAAGAGGCUGCAAGCAGAAAAAGAACGGAUCCAAGCCAAAAACAGGGCGAAACGGGCAGGCUCCAGAGCACCGAUCCCUCCGAUACAGAAUGUUGGUAAUCUCGAAAUGAAGAUAGAAGGGAUACAAGAAGAAGACGUAGAAGCUGGUGAUGCAGACGGAGACCCUAUCGAACCCACUGGCACGGAAUCGGGCGUAAACAAUACGACAAUGGUAGAUGGUGACGACGAGUUGUCAGAGAUAUUCUUCAUGGAGAGGAGUCCCCUCUUCCAUUAGAUUUAGGCUUCGUGCCAAGUCAUCGGCUGCCGAAGGCGCUGAAGAUUAUAUUCCUUGUGAAUUAAUCGGGUUGCCGCUAUCAGCGCCCCACCCGAGCUAUAUGAUAGAAGCUGCUGUAAGCGCUCGCUCGGUGAAGUCUACACCACCCGGCGAAAUUAUUCCCCUGAGGAAAUUUCGCGGGGAGGAAGACAUCCCUCCUUGUAUUUUCCUUGGACCACUGUUUGUCAAUACCAGUUCCAACCGCGGCAGACAAAGGCAAAGAUCCCCCCCAGGAUUUGUCCAUAAUGGAUGAGCUUAAUUGGGCUGUUGAAUUCGGCACAGCUGAAGAAGCCAAGGCUGCCUUAGCCAAAGUCGACGCCGUCCUGAGGAAGACAACCAAGUUCGACG